AAAAAGGAAGAAAUUACAGUUGAACUUGGAUGAAGAAGCAUGGAAAUUAAGAGGCCUUUCAGCUCCACCAACCCACCUUUCAGAUUGUUCUAUAACAAUCCUCUGGGCUUCUUCAUUGCUCAUAUCGAUUCCAUCCAUCGCAAAUUGAUCGAUCGGAGCUGAGGGCGUUGCUAAUUUGUUGUUGCCGAUCAACAUGGCUGCCGUCGAGGAGUACAGAGGAACGGUGGUGCUGGACGAGGUCUCCGGCUGGCUCCGGAUCCUCGACGACGGCUCCGUCGACCGGACGUGGACCGGCAUGCCGGAGGCUCUCUUCCUCAUGACCCCAGUCGCUCCCUUCCUCACCCCACGAGACGGCGUCACCCUCCACGACCUCCCCGGCAGCCCCUCGCUCCGACUCUACCUCCCGGCAGGCGGUCGGCCGCGGCCUGAGAAGAUCCCUGUUUUUCUCCAUUUCCAUGGCGGAGGCUUCUGCAUCAGCCACAGCUCGUGGUUCAUGUACUACCAGUUUUACGCCCGCCUCGCCGCUUCGCUCCCCGCCGUCGUCGUCUCCGUCGAGCUCCCCCUCGCGCCCGAGCACCGCCUCCCUGCCGCCAUCGACGCCGGGUACGCGGCCCUGCUCCGCCUCCGCGACCUCGCCCGCGGGCGCGGCGCUGCACCCGGAACGGACGACACGCUACUCGGUUCCGCGGCGGACUUCUCCCGGGUGUUCCUCAUCGGCGACAGCUCCGGCGGGAACCUGGUGCACCAGGUGGCGGCGCGCGCUUCGGCAGAGUCGCCGGAGUUCUGGGCGCCGCUCCGGGUGGCGGGCGGCGUUCCGCUCCACCCGGGGUUCGUGAGGUCUAGCCGGAGCCGGUCGGAGUUGGAGCAGCAGUCCGACUCGGUCUUCUUCACGCUGGACAUGCUGGACAAGUUCCUGGAGCUGGGGCUUCCGGAGGGCGCCACGAAGGACCACCCCUACACCUGCCCUAUGGGGGAGGCGGCGCCGCCUCUGGAGAAGGUGGCGCUGCCUCCCUUCCUGGUGGGCGUGGCGGAGAAGGACCUGAUUCGCGACACCAAUUUGGAGUACUGCGAGGCGAUGAAGAAGGCCGGUAACGAAGUGGAGGUGGUGGUGAGCCGGGAAGUGAGCCACUCCUUUUACCUCAACAAGUUCGCCGUUGACAACGACCCCAUCACCGGCCAGCGCACCGACGAGCUCCUCCUCGCCAUCAAACGCUUCGUUGCGCGACACUGAUCACCACCGCCGUCAAUCGCCGCCGUUCUCAUUUUUAUUUUCAAUAAAUCGAUUAUUGCAAUCAUAAGUGAUAUUUACUAUUGUUAUUAUUAUUAUUUAUUAUAAAAUUAUUAUCUUGUAUUAUUAUUUAUGAAAUUUGGUCAACGCUCAACACAGA